AUACAUGACAUCCUCCGCAAAGCUGAUAUUUAAUAUCUCUACUUCACCUCCAUAAGAGGAAGAUUACACCCUGGUUAAGAUAAUUUUUGUGCAAUUAUCUCAACGAAUCAAUAAUUCAACCUUUGUCGACAAAUUGCGUCAAAGCACGUGUUUUAAACUCUAUUUAGAUCUUUGGAUCCUCAAAGGUAAAACAAUUAUUUGAACUCCAGGUGGUGCAGAAUAGGUUGGCCUCGUUAGAACUAUAAAAUGAACAAGAUCGUCAGUUUGAUUUUGCUCAUAUCUUUGACCGCACUUCAUACUGAUGCUAAGAAGACCAAGAAGGAAGAAGUAGAUACACAACAAAAGGCUCUCGAAGAAAGUAAUGAAGCCGAAGAUCCCGAAGCAGGAGCAGCCGAGUUUCCAGGCUUUGCCCUUCGUAUUCCUAUUCCUAAUUUAGGUGCUUUGGCUCACAUACGACAACAAUUGGAAAAUCUCUUCCCCGGACCGAAACAAGCGGACUAUAAACCUGGUAAGACCAAGACAACGACCACCUCGAAGAACUCGACUCAUGGUCCGUUCAAGACAUACAGUGUUACUGAGGAGACUGUGUCCACAGAUAACAAGAGCUCACCUCAUGUCUUGUCAAAGGUUUACAAGUCCAUCACAACCCUUGACAAGGACAAACUGCCCAAAGGCAAAGAUGGAAAAGUGAAUAUUCCUUCCGCUAUGGAGUUCGAUUUCGGACCUUUUGGACCGCAAUUUCACGAUGAAGGUGGCAAGGUAAGAAGCACCCUCGCAUCUCGUUUAGCCAUGGAAUUCAAAACGUUCGCUUCCUUUAAUUUUAUUUGCUAUUACUGGCAUUAUUAGAAAAUAUAAAAGAAUAAUUGAAUUUCAUUCCUUCCCGUGUACUGAUACCGAGUCUAGGUUUUGACAAAACUCAAGGUGCUCGCUAAAAUUUUCAUUUUCCUUCAGUCUCGGUUUCAUAACGUGAUGCCAGGAGUUAAACUUAACUUUUUUUCAGCGAAAUUUAUCGAUUUGAUUGAGAAUUUCACUAUAGAAUUUCAGUGAUUCAAACAAGAAUAUUUAUUUAUGAAGUGUGAAAGCACAUCCACUUACAGCUUCAGUUACUUUAAGAUAUUUACCUGUAGAUUUCAACAUGUAAAUAUGUUUUAAAAUGCCAGGCUGCUUCACUUUCCGCUUUUUCAAGUUCUCUUAAAAGAAGGGAAGAGAGAAACUACCAGCCUUAAGAAAGUAUUUUUCGACGCGUGAGGAUCAUAAACUUAAAGAGUAGAAUUCGUUUAUGAUCUCCAGACACUAACAGUGAUUUACUGGUACCAGUUGAGGAACCUGUUGCACCACAGAUAAAAUGUACAGAUGUCACUAUCUGUUACGGUAUUAAAGGAAAAUGGCCUCACGGCAGAUUGUAGUCAUUUUUUAAAAGGGAAGUAGGUAGUGGGUAGAAAAUGGAAAUGUAAAACAAAGAUGUUUGUUUAUAUCAUGGCCCUACAAAUGAUUGCUUGAAAAAUAGAUAAUGAUCACUUUUCUCCAAUUGUGGAUGGCAGGCAAUCCUGAGGUAAAUCAAUGGUCGUUGCUAAGGUGACAACCUUGACAAUAGAAUCGUUCUCGCAAAGUUUAGUAGCUCCAUCUAAGCAUUUGUAUCAAACUUUAAAUUCUAUUUUAAACUCAUUUUACAUUUCAGAAAUGCAGCGCAUCAUCUGAAUGUGGUAAUGUGGAAUACUGUGACGCGUUUUUCGGUGUGUGUAAGAAACGUUUGAGUGAUGGAGCAGCUUGCACUCAGAAGGACCAGUGUGAGGACAAGUUUCGAUGUACCUGGGGUCGCUGUAUAAAGAAUUCCGAGGAGGGUAGUUCAGGUGAGUCCUUAGUUAAAAUUGACUAAUGUUACAUGAUCACCCUUUUGGCAUUUUGAUGGGACAGAAUCACUAGGGAUAGGAGAUAUAGUGAAAGACAUGGUGGCCACGUGAUACAAACUUUGGAUCGAAAAGUCCUGGUUCGAAUUUAAGUCGGGCCAUAUUGUGUUCGUAGGUAUAUUUCUUAACUCUCAAAGAGGCCCUCCACAUUUAGGAGGAGUAUAAAUGGCAUCAGCGAACAGUCAGCUGACAAUAGUAUAACAGGGUAAUUUAGUAUUAUCAAAAAAGAGUUUAAAAGCUGAUGCGUCGAGCGUUAGCCCUUCGUCAGAGCGGUUAGAGGAAUUGUGGGUUGUGCGUGGGUUUAAAUGUAGAAAAUGGAGCUACGCUAUUGGUGGGAAUAUGGUGACGAGAAAGCAAGAAUAAAUUAAUUGAAUAAAAAGCGCUCGUUGAUACCAUGGGGAUUAAGAGUGCCGAUAACUUCUAAUGGAAAACGAUGUCACCUAAGAGGAGAAGCGAAAAGCUUCUCUCCCAGGGGCUUCAAGCGAUGGAAAACAACCUAAGCUUCGAAGUGGAUGGGCUCUGGGCAUUGGGUGUGCAAGACUGAAAGCCUCUCUGUAAUAAUUCUCAUUAAAUUAUUGAGUAGUAUAACACAACAAUGUUCCUGGCUUGGGGUCAAACCAAGAAUAUUCUAGUCUAAGCUGUUUCUAGUUGAUAACGGGUCGCCUACCGAGCCAUGUUAAAUUUUAAGAAUAGGCAGAGAGAAGAAAUGCAAGCUGGUCUCGCUGCUAAGGAGAACGGCCCCGGUGGGCCAGGGCAGAUUUUCCCACCCGCUGGCCUCUUUGUCAAAUUCCUUACUUUUUAUUACUUCUUUUCUUUUGAGUAUUUGAGUAUCUGUAGGGUUUCCAUUUUCCAAGGGAAAAAAGUUAGAAGACCCAAGAACUCAUGCUACACCUUUUAUAAUCGUUUGUAGGCACAUUCUGUGACUCGGACAGUGAUUGCCAUUCUGCGGACGAGGAACUCAGCUGCAGAGAGCAGCCGGAUAUCAGUCGUUACUUCCGUCUGUGUAUGGCCAAGUUAGGAGAAGGAGCUACUUGUGGCCACGCUGGCCUCUUUGAUUUGUUCAGACCAGCUGAGGAGGUGUCGAACUACUGCAAGAAGGGACUCGUGUGCAAGACUGUUGGGUAGGUCGAGAUCUACUUGCUACUGUAAACUUUAUGGCAAACCUUCCCCUUCGUCCUUGGUUUUUAAGAGUUGUCCUAAUUUUUUUGUGCAAAGUCUGAGCUCGGCUUAAACUCGCAGUUAGAACUGUGGGUGAGUAUCCAUGUGUAAGAAUGUUAUGGAUUUGAAAAAUAUGGACAUUCUGUAUUUUUUUUAUUUGAGGAGAGAGUUGAUUAUGAGUUGAUACUUUAAUCAAGGGAAGGCGGAAGCCGGAGUAGUUGUACCAUUGAACUCUUUUGCGGCGGGCACCUGAAGCAAGAAGGUUUACCCGAGUGGUUAGUUCGCUCCCUCGACCAAGUCCCCUCUCGAUAAAUGGUCCCCUCCUGUAAAUCCAUUCCCGUUCGGAAUGUUUUUUUUUCAUCUAACAAAUGAAGUAAAAACCAUAUUAGCUUUAAUUAACUACUCAGUUGCUAAUUAACGAACUUGUUUUAUCAAGGUUUUUUGGCCGUAAGGCUUGCAUCCGACCUGAGGAGACAAAGUCCAUCGACGAUGAAGUUUCGAAAAAGGAAAUAAAACCGAGCAAGGCCGGGAAAACAGGCAAGGAAAAGAAAAUAAAGUUUUAAACAACAAUACUCCAAUGGAAGCUACGUUAUGUUAUUAAGAAACUGGACAAGAAAUAAUUGAUUUGUAAAGAUAUUAAGUUGGAUAAAAUAAAGUAAAAAAUUGGAAACUAAAACGCUGUAUACACUGAGUCUUGAAUCAGAGUUGUGUGUCUCUUUACUUCUCUUUCGAUUACCUUUUCCGGGACUAUACAAACAAAGAAAGCGUACAAACGAACUACCAGAAAUAAACUCUACUGUGUGAG